UGCCUGGAAGUUCAGGAACUUGGUCACCGCCCAGCGCCCCCUCCUCCUCCUUUUACCUCAUCUAUUGUUGGGCAAUACGUUACUCCAUCGAAAUUCUCUUAACCGAAACUUUUCAGCUGACUUGCUGGAGCUCUUGUGAUACUUUUCUGUAUAGCCGUCGAGCGGAGGGAGGAAAACUUUCGUGUUUAUCGUGAGUGAGCGGCGCAGUUAAACUAAGUCCGUGGGGCGAGGAAACGGGAGGAAAACUUUUGACGCAAGGAAUUCCGUAAUUCCCAUUCCUCCAUUUUGAACUUUUAAACUUCACUUUGUCUAGCGGACUGUUGUCGUAAACUAGACAUCAUGACUAGCAACACCGCACCAAACAUCAACUUUAAAUGGGACCCAAAGAGCCUGGAGAUCCGUACUCUGGCAGUGGAAAGGCUACUGGAGCCUCUGGUCACACAGGUCACCACUUUGGUAAACACCAGCAAUAAAGGCCCAUCUAACAAGAGGAAGGGACGCUCCAAGAAGGCCCAUGUUUUGGCUGCGUCAGUGGAGACUGCUACCGAGAACUUCCUUGAAAAAGGCGAAAAGAUUGCAAAGGAAAGUCAGUUCCUCAAGGAUGAGCUGACUGCUGCUGUGGAAGAUGUCCGCAAGCAAGGCGAGUCAAUGCGUCAGGCCUCUGGAGAAUUUGCAGAAGACCCCUGUUCAUCUAUGAAGAGAGGCAAUAUGGUUCGUGCAGCCAGGGCCCUCCUGUCAGCAGUUACGCACUUGUUGGUGCUGGCAGACAUGUCUGAUGUCUACAAACUUCUCGUGCAACUUAAACUGGUGGAGGACAGUCUGGCCAAAGUGCGCAACGCAGGUACAGAACAGGAUUUGGGAAUCCAAUACAAGGCCUUGAAACCAGAAGUGGACAAGCUGAAUGCCAUGGCUGCCAAGAGACAGCAGGAAUUAAAGGACGUUCAGCACAAGGACCAAAUGGCUGCUGCCCGUGGGGUGCUACAGAGGAACAUCCCAUUGCUGUACACAGCAUCCCGUGCCUGCCUGCAGCAUCCUGACGUGGCAGCAUACAAGGCCAACCGUGACCUGAUCUACAAGCAGCUGCAGUCUGCAGUGUCCGGCAUCUCCAAUGCUGCCCAGGCCACUCCCACCGGAGAUUCAGCACUCAGCCAGUCAGGAGGGGGUGGAGAGCUUGCCGAUGCCCUCAACAAUUUUGAUAAACAAAUCAUUGUGGACCCCCUGGCGUUCAGCGAGGAGCGCUUCCGCCCUUCCCUGGAGGAGCGCCUUGAGAGCAUCAUCAGUGGUGCUGCCCUCAUGGCUGACUCUUCAUGCACACGUGAUGACCGCAGGGAGCGCAUUGUGGCCGAAUGCAAUUCUGUGCGCCAGGCUCUCCAGGACCUUCUGUCUGAGUAUAUGGGCAAUGCGGGAAGAAAGGACAGAAGCGAUGCUCUGAACACCGCCAUUGAUAGAAUGACAAAGAAGACUAGAGACCUUCGCAGACAGCUGCGCAAAGCUGUGAUGGACCACGUCUCUGACUCUUUCCUGGAGACUAAUGUUCCCCUCCUGGUCCUCAUUGAAGCUGCUAAGAAUGGCAAUGAGAAAGAAGUUAAGGAAUAUGCUCAGGUGUUCCGUGAACAUGCCAACAAGCUGAUUGAGGUGGCAAAUCUGGCAUGCUCCAUUUCCAACAAUGAGGAAGGGGUAAAGCUGGUCCGUAUGGCUGCAUCUCAACUGGAAAGUCUUUGCCCCCAGGUGAUUAAUGCAGCGUUAGCCCUCGCUGCCAAGCCCAACAGUAAGGUGGCCCAGGACAAUAUGGAUUUGUUCAAGGAGCAGUGGGAGAAGCAGGUUCGCGUCCUCACUGAUGCUGUCGAUGACAUAACCUCCAUUGAUGACUUCCUUUGUGUGUCUGAGAACCACAUCCUGGAGGAUGUGAAUAAGUGUGUCAUCGCUCUGCAAGAGAAAGAUGUUGAUGGUUUGGACCGUACCGCCGGGGCUAUUCGAGGCCGUGCUGCCAGAGUUGUCCAUGUGGUUACUUCAGAGAUGGACAAUUAUGAACCUGGAGUCUACACAGAGAAGGUUUUGGAGGCAACCAAGCUCCUUACUGAUACAGUCAUGCCACGGUUUACAGAGCAAGUGGAGUCUGCAGUGGAAGCCUUGAGUGCAAACCCCUCACAGCCUGUGGAUGAGAAUGAAUUCAUUGAUGCAUCGCGCCUGGUGUAUGAUGGCAUUCGUGACAUCCGUAAGGCUGUCCUCAUGAUCAGAACUCCAGAGGAAUUGGAUGACUCUGACUUUGAGACUGAAGACUUUGAUGUUCGCAGCAGGACCAGUGUGCAGACAGAGGAUGACCAGCUUAUUGCUGGCCAAAGUGCACGGGCAAUCAUGGCUCAGUUGCCCCAGGAGCAGAAGGCAAAGAUUGCUGAACAGGUGGCCAGCUUCCAGGAAGAGAAGAGCAAGCUGGAUGCAGAGGUAUCCAAGUGGGACGACAGUGGCAAUGACAUCAUUGUGUUGGCCAAGCAGAUGUGCAUGAUCAUGAUGGAGAUGACAGACUUCACCAGGGGAAAAGGGCCGCUGAAGAAUACGUCUGAUGUCAUUAGCGCUGCCAAGAAAAUUGCUGAGGCAGGAUCAAGAAUGGACAAGCUGGGCCGCACCAUCGCUGACCAUUGUCCUGACUCGAGCUGUAAGCAGGACCUGCACGCCUACCUGCAGCGUAUUGCCUUGUAUUGCCACCAGCUUAACAUCUGCAGUAAAGUCAAGGCCGAAGUUCAGAACCUGGGAGGAGAGCUGGUUGUCUCUGGGUUGGACAGCGCCAUGUCACUCAUUCAAGCAGCAAAGAACCUGAUGAAUGCCGUAGUGUCCACUGUCAAGGCGUCGUACGUCGCGUCUACCAAGUACCAGAAGAACAAGGGCAUGGAGGCACUCAAUAUGCCCGCUGUUUCCUGGAAGAUGAAAGCUCCUGAGAAGAAGCCUCUGGUGAAAAGAGAGAAGCAGGAUGAUGGCCAGACCAACAGAGUCAAGAGAUCUUCUCAAAGGAAGCACGUGAACCCUGUGCAGGCUUUGAGUGAAUUCAAAGCUAUGGAUAGCAUCUAGACCCCUGACCUCCCACCCCACACAUUUAUUGUUUAAAAAUAACAAAGGAUUUUGACCAAUGAGUUUUUCUAUAGAUUGAGCAUGUCACUCUAUCAAAGAGAGAAGCUUUUAGCAUAUUUCUUCUAUCUUUCCAUAGACCGCUUGUCUGUUUGACCCAAUAUAUUCCUCCACUGCCUCAUUUUUAUUCCACCAGCUCAAAUGUACUCUUGUCUAGUAUCAAGUGUCUAUUCUUCAGAAAGGGAAAUCAACUGGACAAAGUUAUUCAGUAGGUGAAUUUAAUGGAUAUGGGCUUGUGGUUAUUUUGUAUCCUAAUCGGUUUCAGAAUAAAACUGUGGGGUCUCCAGGUUGUAAGGCUUGAUUACGGCAAAAUGUGUUCUGUACUGCAGAUAUCAGCUAUGCAAAAUUUCAACUGCCUUAUUUUUACCUUUAGUCAUAACUGCAGUUAAUUUGGAUGUGGGAGUCUAACUGGUAGGAUUUAAACAUGUUUUGGUUCAGCCAAGUCGAGAUAUUUCCAUGUGUGCCUGCAUUUUUUUAUGCCAUUAUGUAUUUUGUUAUGACACUAUAAAAAAAAAUCAGACCAACUUUAAACUUUAUUGUCAGCAUCGUACAAUUUGAUCCAUUUGUACCCCUUGAUUGUCAAAGGAUAUUUCCUUUUAAUUUAACCAUCUCAAAUUGUAUUUGAAUGAGUUUUAUUGUUACCGUUAUUGUAUUGUCUUCAGAAACCAAAGGUGACGGUUUAUUCUUACCCUUCUCUUUUGCUACAUAACUGAUCUACUUGUGUGAACCUACACUUUAAGGCACAGGUCUCCAGUAGUUGAGUCAAACUUUGUUAAUUAGCAAUAACUCCUCUGUGUUUAAGAGAAGCCAGUGGGCUAAAGAAUGAAUACACAGUUGUUGGUACUGUCCAAAGCCCACAAGCUUUCAUUAGCUGUCAAUGAGACCAAACACCACUGCAUUCUCAACAUGUCCAAACUGAGGGAUCAAUAUGUUUUUCUCUUCACAUCUUAGAAGUUGGCAAGGUAUGGAAAUGAUUAUCUGCCUCUUAACUCUUAUUGUGUUGCUUGUCCUUUAAACUAAUUAAGAUUUUAUAUAUAAUGCACAGUCUUUAAGAAAACACACAACCGCUUGUUAGACUUUACAGAGUUCAAAUAAAAGCAGAAGUUGUUAGCAGCAUGGUUUGCAGACAUGUAUGGUGGUGCAUUGGUUUGCAGCAAGGCUUUUAAAUCUUGCUGUUUUGAUCUUGGAACUGAAUUUGUUUUGCUCAUUUGACAUCUGUAAACCAUAGCAGGAUGGGCAUGUUUUUUAGGGAACAGAGCAUUUUGAGUGUUUUUGUUAUUUAGGGGUUUUUUUUCCCUCCCUACUGUUAACCUUUUGCUGUAUUUGAGUCUUGAGUUGAUAUCAAACUACAUUGCUGUGGAUUGUUUUGUUAUUGAGAGCUGACGUAUUAGUGGACACUUGGUAAAUUUAAUGUGUCUGCUUUAUAUCUUAAUAAACUUUAAAGUGAAUCCAA